CAAACUCAAUCAGUGGAAACAAAUAUCAUCUUUAGCAAAAAGAUUUGAUUGGUCCUCUACACUACAAUUUUAAGUUUUACACUGAUAAACUCCCAACAUUCUUUCCUAAUAUUUCCUACGUAAAGUUGAGUUAGACACAGACAUUUAUCUCUCUGUCAAUGCUGCAUGUCCAACUCUUACGCACAACAUCAACCACAAUUCCAAACCCAAAACCCAAGUGCAUUCUUUCCAACCUCCACUCUCACUCUCACUCUCAGUACACCAAUGUUCCACCAUCACAAUCACAACCCAAAUCCUCCACUCACUUACAUGCCCUCUUAGAACCACUACUCAACCAAAACCCACCUCACAUUCUCUUCUACGCACCCAUUUUCCAAUUCUUAACUGGCCUCAGCCUCUCCAAACUAGGCCAACAAAUCCAUGCUCACUUAACCCUUCGUGGCCUCAAACCCAAUUCCUACCUCGCUGCUAAGAUGAUAGCUAUGUAUGCAAGUUUUGGUCAUUUUAACACUGCCAUGACUCUGUUUCAAAAAAUCCAUCACCCAACUGUUCGUUUAUACAACUCUAUACUUCGUGCUUCUGCUUUAUAUGGGUAUUCAAAAACAGUCAUUGAUUUAUAUUUUAAAAUGCACUCUCUUGGACUUAAAGGUGAUAGCUUUACAUACCCUUUUGUGCUCAAGUGUUGUGCGGACUUGUCGAGUAGUUGGAUGGGGAAAUGUGUUCAUGGGAUGAGUUUGAGACUUGGGUUGGUGUUUGAUUUGUAUGUUGGGACUUCCUUGAUUGAUAUGUAUGUGAAAUGUGGCAAGUUGAGGGAUGCUCAUAAGGUGUUUGAUAAAAUGUCUGUGAGAGAUGUUUCUUCUUGGAAUGCAUUGAUUGCGGGGUAUAUGAAGGAUGGGGAGAUUUUUGUUGCUGAGGGUUUGUUUAGAACAAUGCCUUGUAGGAAUAUUGUUUCUUGGACUGCUAUGAUAUCGGGGUACACACAGAACGGAUUGGCUGAGCAGGCAUUGUGUUUAUUUGAGGAGAUGUUGAAGGAAGAUUCAGAGGUGAAGCCUAAUUGGGUAACAAUAACGAGUGUGCUUCCUGCUUGUGCAGAGUCGUCGGGUCUUGAGCGUGGGAGACGGAUUCAUGAUUUUGCUAGUAAGAUUGGUUUGGACUCGAAUGCCUCUGUGCUGACAGCACUUGUUGCAAUGUAUGCUAAAUGUGGAAGCCUCACUGAUGCUCGUCAAUGUUUUGAUAGGAUACGUGAAAAGAAUUUGGUUACUUGGAAUACGAUGAUAACUGCUUACACUUCCCAUGGAUGCGGAAUGGAAUGUGCAUGGACUUUUGAGGACAUGAUCGGAGAGGGUAUUCAACCGGAUACCAUCACAUUUACAGGGUUAUUAUCUGGAUGUGGCCAUUCGGGCCUUGUUGAUGUUGGCUUGAAAUACUUCAACCGUAUGAACACAGAACACUCCAUCAAACCAAGAGUUGAACAUUAUGCUUGUGUUGUUGAUCUUUUGGCUCGUGUAGGGCGAUUGGUGGAAGCAAAAGAGCUUAUUGAUCAAAUGCCCAUGCAAGCAGGACCAAGCAUAUGGGGUGCAUUGUUGGCUGCUUGUCGGAGCCACUGCAAUUUGGAAAUUGCAGAAAUUGCAGCUAGAAAGUUGUUUGUCUUAGAACCAGAAAAUAGUGGGAAUUAUGUCCUGCUUUCAAAUAUGUAUGCUGAAGUUGGCAAGUGGGAAGAGGUGGACAAUUUGAGAGCUCUUCUAAAAUUACAUGGCAUGAAGAAAAGUCCUGGAUGCAGUUGGAUGAGGUAAAUGGGAAAGCCUAGUUAUUUCUUGGUGGAGAUGCAUCUCACCCUCAAGUGAAGGAAAUUUAUAUGUUAUUGGAGGCAUUGCCUGACAAGAUUAAGGCAGCUAGCUAAACUCUUGACACUAGUUUUGUUUUGCAUGAUGUUAUUCAAUAGUAGAAAGAAAAUCCACUGUGAAAAGUUAGCCAUUGCUUUUGGGCUUUUAAACACCAGUCCUACUGUACUACUUUAUGUGACAAAAAACCUUCCAAUUUGUGGAGAUUGUCACACAACCGCCAAGUUUGUAUAAAUAAUAUAUGGACUGGAGAUAAGACUGUCUACCAUGACCUUUUCCAAACCCUGUAGAAGUGGGAGCUUUAUGCACUAGGUACGAUAGGAUAAUUUUGAGGGAUGUGAAUCAAUUUCAUCAAUUUACAGAUGUAUCUUGCUCUAUGGGGAUUAUUGGUAAUUAGCAUGUUAAGAAGCAUGCCAAGUCCUUAGCUUCUUAUGCAUUUUCUAUUUACUACUUCUCUGGUGAUAUGUUCGAAUCAUAACAGGACACUUUUGCUCAAAGUCCCAAAGUAGCUACGCAAAAUUUCAAAAGUUUAGGAUUCGAGUUGAACUUUUUUGCUUUGGGAACUCAUGGAUUUCUUGGAUGCUGGCUGAAACCAUGGCCCUACAUUUAGGGAGCAUUUUCCACAUUAUGUUGCUAAUGGUUUUCAGCCUGAUCUGGUGGCUUGGGAACAUACACAUGGAGUCCACAUCCUUUAUCUGUAUCUUACACUCAAGAAGCCUUGAAGACUCCGCUGCCUCUCUCUCACACAAUUUCUUCCACACUUCACGUUGUUUCAUGGGUUUUUUUUUUAGUUGGAUCAAAUAAUUAUGUUCUUAAAAUUGUGAUUUUAUUGGGUAAUUUCUUAUUAAU